AUGACAGAACUUCAGGCUACUCUCGAGUUCUCGGUGGAGUACAACAAGUUCUAUAAUGUAGAUCUCUUUCAAAGAGGGUAUUAUAAUAUCAGAACCAGUCUGAAGACAAGUCCAAGAACUCCAGCUAAAAUAGAAGUGACCCUAGCCAAGGCAUCAGAGGAUGUACUAGUGCUACCUGCUUGUGUUGUAAAUGGAACAGCCUACAGCAAGACUUUCCAAAUACUUUACCGUAAUGAAGAUGUUCCAAUCAAUGACCUGGUGUUGUAUCGUCUCCACACACUUGUCGACAGCUCCAAGAUAGAGGAAAGCCUGGAGAAACUUGAACUGCAAGUAGAAUUGGAACUAUGGUUUUCAGAAGAGGAGAGUGGACCUCAAGGCCUCCACGAAAAGAUGGAAUGUGUAUCCCAGCGUACCCUUCAGCUCCAUUUCAGUCCCACAAAGGGACUCCACCACCACAUCCCCGUCCUGUUUGACUACUUUCAUCUGUGUGCCCUGGAAACCACCGUCCACGGGACUCUCAUUGCAAUACACCAACCCUACAUAAGUGUCCCCAGACCUCAAAAGUCCAACAAACCAGUACCAGAGCCUGCUACAUUAGAGAUGGUGUAUUUUGGAAGUAAAACCAUCUCAGGGGAGCCUGUGUUUAGUGAUACCAUCAAGAUGCACAAUGCCUACAAUGUACAUAAGAAGCUGUGUACCAUUCUACUGUCCACCUUUGAAUCUCUACAGUCCACAUUUCAGCUGUAUCUCUCGAAAAUCUCAGGAUCACAGUUCAAACUCGAACAGAAGAAUUGUCAUGUAUGGCUAGAGACCUUAGUUAAUAAUUUACAGAAUUUUGACAAUGAGGAGGACCUCCUGCAGACAGCCACUACAGACAUCACACAGCUGUGUGCCGAAAAUGUGAUUCUGUGGACGCAGUUCUUGGAGAUUGUCUCCCUUGAUCAGUCUGUGAUGCACUAUCUGGCUAAGGAGCACCACUCAGCCAGGGUAAAACGAUUUGCUGAAGGUUUUUUCACUCAUGAUUAUCCAAAACCUGAAUGCCUCUCUUGCUAUGAACCAAGCUACCAUGGCCAUGCUGAUAUGGCUAACAUGGUACGCGAGUCACAAUAUUUCCGCAGCAUUCCAGCACUGAGUGUAGAGUGUACAGAGAUGGAUGGCGACAGCCUAACUGUUCCGCUGAUAUUUGAAGAUAUAUACUGCGACCAUAUACCUAUGACUUUAGGUAAGUAUAUCAUCACCAUCACAAUUGCCUCAUCAAAGAAAGGAGAUAAAGUCGAGAGACAGUCCUACAAAAAGACCGAGCCUUCGUUAUCAAAAAAUAACAGCCAGGAGUCUCCCCAGCUCAAGUUCAAACACAAGAAGAAAUUUAUCAAGAACAUCCGACCAGAUGCUUUUCGACGACCAUCAACAUACUCUUGCUCCGAGGCAGAAGCAAAAGGGAAGGUUGUUGGUAAGGAUUGUCAGCUUGUUGGAUACAGAAAGAAAGUUCCAGACUAUGAGACCAGUUCGUCUUCUAGCUACGACCCCAAAUCUGUGAUAGGUACAUUCAGUCCCAACUCAUCCUCCAUGGAUUCAUGUGGUGACCCUGGGAACAUGCUGUUAACUAACUCACUCUCAAUGCCAUCCCUAAUGUCUAAAUCUAGUUGGAGUCGUGCUAGUAUAAACUCACUACCAGAUUAUAUGGAUCGUGAGAAAACGCCCUAUGGCAGGCGGAGGCAGAUCAAGUCGGAGCUCUUCCCUAAGGGGGUGGUACGUUCUGACCCUGAUAUGCGGGGCCGAAUUCAAUUUGAGCAAGUGCACGGAGAAACAUCUGUGUCAUCCACUUUACCUAAGCAAAAGGCAUGGACUGGGGAGGGGUCGGGGGCAGACUUAACAAGUCAGCCUGUCUCAUCUCAAGAGGAUGACAGCAUGUCCAUUACUCCCCCAAGGAUUAUUGAUAAACCUCCGCCUGCCCCUAGGACCUGUGAUAAACCCCUCCUUCCCCUGGGGGAUAGUGAUAAAUCUCACCCUUCCACUGGAGAAAGUGACAGUGGACUGUCUAGUGCAGUAUCUAGCACAGUGUCUAUAACAGGGCAUAUAGAAGCCACGUCAAGUGCAACCAAAGGCAAGUCUGGCCGUAAAAACAAAUCUAUGCUAGACAGCACUGCCUUUACGAGUCUAGCUAAUGAUAUUACUAAAGCUUUAAACGAAAAUGAAAGUUGGUAUGUGACAUCGAAUGAUACGAACAAUGAUGAUCAAAGUGAUGAUGAGACUUGUGUCGCUAAUGGCUAUGAUGAAUUCUUAGAAAAUGUAUGUAGUUCAGAGAGUAAAAACAAUUCCUCAAAUAUACCUCAGGAUAAAGAUUCUUUUGAUAAGGGGAUGGAGGAGGGGUCAACGCCCAGUCUGUCUAAAGACAGUGGUAUUAUCACCCAGGAAUCCGAGGAGUCAGAUCUAGGAGAGGAUAAAAUGACUGUGAUUGAAUUUCUAAGGACAGAGUAUGGGGGGACUCUGAUGGGGAAAGGGCUGGGCCCUGGAGCCCCCAUCCGUCUCAGUCAGCGAAUGUCUCUCUCCACUACAACACAGCAUCAACAACGAGCAGCCAGUGACACAAACAUACAUCAAAGUGCAGGAACGCCAACGUCAUCGUCGGGAUCUGUGGAUACGGUUGUGUGUGAGGCCCCGGAGUCUUCCUCUAAUGAGGUGAUGUCUCGACCCGUAGUGUCCUCGUUCUCUUUCCCGGAGCUCUCAAAGUAUGCUGACAAUGACCGCCCGAAGCUUGUCACACAAGUGGGCUUUUCCACUCUCAGUUUUAUAAGUUUAAGAGAAUCGCUCAAACAACAGCUAAAGUUUGAGGGAGAGAUGUACAGUGAGGCUUCCAGCUUAGCUUCCACCAUUCCGUAUUUCCACACGCCGGACGAUGUGGACUUUGGGGAUGGGGUACAUCUGGUGGUGUGUGUGCAUGGCUUAGAUGGUAACAGUGCUGACUUGCGACUUGUACGGACGUACGUAGAAAUGGCUCUGCCAGGCUACAGGAUUGAGUUCCUCAUGUCAGAACGGAAUCAGGAUACGUUUGCUGACUUUGAGUUGAUGACUGAUCGCCUGGAGUCAGAGAUAUUAUCAUUCCUAGAUCUGUAUGGUAUCAACCCUUCUAAAGUCAGCUUUGUGGGACAUUCCCUGGGAAACAUCAUUGUGAGGUCUGUAGUGUCACGUCCUAAGCUGGCUCACCUGGUGCCUAAACUCUACACAUUUCUAUCCCUCUCUGGGCCCCACCUUGGGACACUGUACAACAGCAGUGGCUUAGUAAAUAUGGGGAUGUGGUUUAUGCAGAAGUGGAAGAAAUCAGGAUCCUUGUUGCAACUUUCCCUCAAAGACCACAAUGACCCCCGUCAAUCAUUCCUGUACAAACUCAGUCAGAAAGCUGGUUUGGAAAUGUUCCGCCAUGUACUUCUGGUAGGAUCUUCUCAGGAUCGCUAUGUACCGUACCAUUCCUCUAGGAUAGAAAUGUGCAAGGCAGCUCAACGAGAAAGCUCAGGAAUGGGUGCUAUCUAUAGUGAGAUGGUGGCUAAUAUCCUGACGCCAAUCGUCAACAACCCCAAGUGUAAACUCAUUCGCUAUGAUGUCUUUCAUGCCCUCACCAACACAGCAAAUACAAUCAUUGGAAGGGCUGCUCACAUCGCUGUACUUGACUCCGAAAUGUUCAUAGAAAAAUUCAUGACUGUAGCUGGACUGCAAUAUUUCAAGUAA